GCGCGUGCGCGUGCGCGGCAGCCCUUCCCUGUGCCGCCGAGCCGCGAGACGUGCCUGAGGAUGUGACUCGCGGGGCUCGCGGACGAUGCUCGCCCUCCUGGGCGCGACGGCCUUGGUGCUGGUCGCCGGGACGCCAUGGGUGUUGCCCGCAGCCGCAGGUGGAAAAAAUCUAAACUCUUCUCGAAAUGUAGAGAUCAACAUCAUAGAUGACAAUUUUAUCCUAAGGUGGAACGGGAAUGGUGAGUCUAUUGAGAACAUGACUUUUUCAGCAGAUUAUCAAAGACCUGGGAUGGAUAAUUGGAUAAAAUUGCCUGGGUGUCAGUAUAUCACUAGUACCAAAUGCAGCUUUUCUUCACCCAAGUUGGAUAUUUAUGAAGAAAUCAAAUUGCGUUUAAGAGCAGAACAAGGAAACACUUCGUGGUAUGAGGUUAUCUCAUUUAUGCCAUUUGAAAAAGCUCAAAUUGGUCCUCCAGGUGUACAUUUGGAAGCUGAAGAUAAAGCAAUAAUAGUAAACAUCUCUCCUCCUGGAACAAUAGAUAGUAUCAUGUGGGCUUUGGCUGGUCCAAGCUUUAUAUAUAGCAUAGUUAUCUGGAAAAUUUCUUCAAGUAUAGAAGAAAUGAUUGAAACUGGUUAUCUCAGAUAUAAAGUUGAUAAACUCUCGCCAGAGACUACCUAUUGUUUAAAAGUUAAGGCAAGACUACGUACGCCAAGGAAAGUUGGUGUCUAUAGUCCGGUGUAUUGUAUAAAUACCACAGCUGAAAAUAAACUGCCUCCACCUGAAAAUUUAAAAGUUGAUGUUAAAAAUCAGAACUAUGUUCUUAAAUGGGAUUACGCAAAUGCAAACGUGACCUUUCAAGUUCAGUGGCUCCACGCCUAUGUAAGGAAGAAUCCUGGGAAACAUUCACAUGAAUGGAAACAAAUACUUGACUGUGAAAAUGUCGAAACAACACAGUGUGUCUUUGCUCAAAAUGUUCUCCCAGAAGGAGUUUACUAUAUCCGUGUACAAGCAUCUGAUGGAAAUAACACAUCUCUUUGGUCUAAAGAGAAAAAAUUUAGCUCUGACAUGCAAACUACCGUACUUCCUCCAGUCAUUAACAUGAAAUCCGUCAGGGAUUCACUGCGCGUCUACAUAGGCGCUCCCAGAGAGGCUGAAAACAAGCGUGUGAGCCAGUAUUACCCACUCAGCUAUGAAAUUAUUUUUUGGAAAAACACUUCAAAUGCUGAGAGAAAAUUUCUAGAGAAAAAAACUGAUUUUACUAUUCCUAACUUGCAACCGCUGACUGUGUAUUGUGUCAAAGCCAGAGCACACCUUGUGGAUGGAAAAUGGAAUAGAAGCAGUGUUUUUAGUGAUACUGUGUGUGAGAAAACAAAACCAGGAAAUACUUCCAAGAGCUGGCUUAUAGCUGGAAUUUGCAUUGCAUUAAUUGCUGUCGCAGUUGUCAUCUAUGGUGUGAAAGUCCUCUGGAAAGGCAUCAAUUACGUGUUCUUUCCAUCACUUAAACCUUCUUCCUGUAUAGAUGAGUAUUUCUCUGAACAGCCAUUAAAGAAUCUUCUGCUUUCAACUUCUGAGGAACAAACUGAAAAAUGUUUUAUAGUUGAAAAUGUAAACACAAUUACUACAGUAGAAGAAACUAAUCAAACUGAUGAAGAUCACAAAAAAUACAGUUCCCAAACUAGUGAAGAUUCAGGAAACUAUUCUAAUGAAGAUGAAAAUAGUGGAAGUAAAACAAGUGAAGAAUUUCUAGAACAGGAAAUGGUGUGACCGGAAAUGAACUCUAAAGUAUUAAUUAGGUUGUUUUGAGGAGUUCACUAGAGCCUGAGCUCCUUGCUCUUCUCAGUAAUUAUGAAGGAGGAUAUUUGAUUGUUGGGGAAGAAAAAACAUCUUCAGAUUAUAGAUCUUAACAAUACAGGCAAUCACUUAACUACUUAAAAAGAAAUUACAGGAGUUGGGAGAAAAGUUUCCUACGUUCUUUUCCAAUCUUGAAAGACCUGUCGUCAGUCUUGGCUUUGAUGAGAUGAGUCAGGUCAAGAGGAUGACCACUCAUCUUUCUCAUGACAGCUCAAGUACCACAGUGCUAGCUGUGCUCUGUGGCGAGGGAUGGUAUUUUUGUUCCUGUUACUUACCGUCACGGGUGCUGCAGCCUACUGCGUGUGUCAGCUGUUUGUUCUUCAUUCCCAGUAUUACAUUUCAUUCCUUUUCAAGAGAUAUUUAGAACACUGGGUCUUUUAAUACUGCUAUAGACCCUUAGGAAGUAUAUGUAGGCAAGCCUGGACACAACAGUGUCCGGUUGGUUUUCUGAAGAGUAGCUUACCAAGUGUUUGGAGGGGCCGGGCGUGGUGGCUCACGCCUAUAAUCCUAGCACUCUGGGAGGCUGAGGCGGGCGGAUUGCUCGAGGU